AUGCGUUUAAGACUUCAAAGUGCGAAAUUGUGUCUUUUCAAACGUGUCAAUACAGACGAGGACAGAUUGAAGUGUACCGAGCCAUCACCAGGCCCUGUUUCUCCACCUGUACAAGAUUUGGAUAUAAACUCCAAGCGGAAGCAACUGUUUAUUUGUCAACUUACCAAGAAGUUCAACAAAUUCAAGAGAAUGAAACAGGAUAAUUCCUGUAGUGAACAAUUGAGAACUAAUUCUGGUUUUGACGAAUCAGCUGCUACUCAACCAACCAAUAAUUUAAAUGCCAAUCAUUUUGAAUCGGAUCAAAUUGUCGAACAGUUACCAGCAGUUUCGACACAAGCUGCCGAGCUUGAAAUGAAUACUCAGAGAAUUGCUACUGGGACCACUGUAUACUCUAUUUUUGGAAAAUUGAUGUUUUUGGGAUUCAGCAUUGAGAAUAUGAGUGUGCGUGAAGCAGUAGGAGAGAUACUCCAAUUCCAAAUGGGGGAAAUUCAAGAAUUGAGUGGAUUUUUAAAUGCUAUUUCAUGCGCCAAAAGGACCAGUGGUGCAUUUUUGAAAUGGAAUAUAGACAGAAGAUUUUCUACAGAAAGUUUGACUGAUUUAUUGAAUAUUCAAACAAGUAUGAGGACUGAAUUGUUAGGGACUAAAUGUUUUGAAGACUUUAUGAAGAUGUUCCAUCAGUUUGGUCAGGAAUAUAAAAGUGCACUUGACAGACAUGAGAGAAUGGUGCACAAGUAUCCUUUCAAAGCUAAAUGUAAAAGCUUUUAUGAGAGGUAUCAGAAGAGACUUGGCAUUGACACGGAGGAUGUGAUGAAUGUAAUUUUUGGGCGACAACGCGCGCAACGUGAAUUUGAUGACAUAUGUUGGAAGUUGUCAAAAGCAACAGCGCCAGUGAAUCUGAAUUUGAAAAAUUGUGACGCGGUUGUGAGAGACAGCAAAAAGAGAAGAUCUUUUUCCGACGAUGCUUGUUCAAUGUUAUCUAUCGAAGGUGAAUGUCAAGAUGAGGCUGAUGUCAAAAGCGAAAUUGAUGAUGAAGUUGCUAAUUCAGGAAUUGACGGUGAAAUUUUGAGAGCCCUAUUUUAUGAACAGGAGGACGCUCCUAGUGACAUAGACAUAGACAUAGACAUAGACAUAGACCAUGAAGAACAAGCCAAUACUGCAUUUGAAAAUAGUCAAAAGGACAUGGAAGCUAGUACGGUGUUGAUGCUGCCGUUGUUAAAUGUGGAAGAAGAAACACCACCACUUUGUAAUGCAGAUUCCGACUUCCUACGAAUUAUUGAAACCAUUGAAAAAAGAGUGAUGGCCCUUUUCCACAAAGAUGAGAAGGCCAAUAUUGAGAAGAAGACUUCGCAGACAGAAGAUAUCAAGAAUGACAGGAUUGUUGAACAGAAUGUGGAUCCUGGAAAUUACCUCGAAAUGAAUUCAGAAGGAGAAACCGAGCUGAACCUCGGUAGUGAAGAAGGGAUAACUGCACAAACGUCGACAGAAAGCUAUGAUGUACCACAAUUGGUUAGAAACCCAAAGUUGAAUGACAAUGAUCAAUCCCACACAAAGACCACCACCCUAGAAUCAGCUAGCAAGAGUCAUACCACGAACUCACACUCGGUGGGGUCGUGUGGAGGCUUCCUGUCUAGUGAGGAUGUAUCAGAAGGAUUAAUAAAUGGACAAAUUGUUGCAGCUAGAGACUCGCACUCGGUGCAAAGUCUUGGGGGCUCCAAAAACGACGAGCUUCCCUCACAGCCAACGCCAAAUGUUCAUGGAUCCUGCUUGGUGUAUUCCUGGGAAAUGGCUUACAAUGGGAUUGUUCAACAAAAUUUAAAGAUGCAAAAUGACUUUUUCAAGCGUGAAUCUAUCUUUAGAGAUGAAUGUCAACAACUAAGGGAUCAAGUUCAGCCAUUAAUUGAGGAACGGAAUAGGUUAGCUCUGGAAAAUUAUAGCUUACGAGUUCAAAGUUCAAAGCUUAAGAAUAAGUUCAAGAAAGGCUUUUGGCUAAGGAACUCGAGUAAAGAAGUUGAAAAACGUUUCCAGAACAGUAUCUGGAAUUUGACAGCUUCAAGUGCAGCAAUUACCCAAAAAAUUAAACGAGGUUUAGAGAAUAAGGAGAAUUUGAGUGAUUCUGAGAUUGAAGAGUUGAUGUCAAAAAUUUAUUCUCCAAUGGAAAAUCGAUAUCGACUGUCAUCGGGUAGUGUCGUUCAACAACGGUUAAUGGCCAAUGUUGAUAACGCGUGUCACGCAGAUGAAUUGGCAACCCCGGUUUAUGGAAGUGAUCAAUGUCUAGAUCAAUGUCAAAUGAGUUUGAUCUGGAAAUCUAUGAUUGAUCUUCUUGAAGAAGAUGCGCCAGGGAUAAUCAAACGCCUUGAAUCUGACAUCAAGGGUAGUGACGCAAAAGCGAAAGCAACAGAAAUCACCAACAAGACCUUGAAGUUUAUCCAUGAACAAAGUGAAGAAUGGAGGCAGGUUGGUUCAAGUUGCUGGCCGUGGAACAAGUCAAAGGUGAUGCGAAAAAGAAAAUCGAUUAUUAGUAAAUUGGAACAGAAAAGUGAAGAAGUCAAGAAGUAUGGCGAAGAACUUUGGUUGUUGAUGGGAAACAACAGCCAAUAG